UCUUUAUAAAGUUAGCAGUAAAUAGUAAAUACACAUUAUAUACAAUAAGAAGGAAGAAACAAUCGUUGUUCAUAUCCUGGCUACAACCACUUGCUGGAAAUAAUGUCAACCACUCAAUAUGAGCUAUUGAACAUAGAGACGUAUGUUCUUAGAGUCCACAUGAACUGUCAAGGGUGCAUGAACAAAGUCAGGAAAGUACUCUCUAAAAUUAAAGGUGUCUACACGGUAGAGAUUAAUGCAGAACAACAGACAGUAUCUGUCACAGGAAAUGUCAAUCUUUCUACUUUGGUCCGAAAGUUGACCAAAUUUAGGAAACAUGUAGAGAUAUUGGAUGCAGGUUACAACCAAGAGCAAGUGAACCAUGUUAGAGAAAAUAACAUGAACCAAGCUCAACAUAUAAUUAAUGAUCACAAUGCCUAUGAAAACCAAUAUCUGAUUCCCAAGUUUGGCAGGGAUCAAUCGGAAGCUGAAUGGUAUCUUAAUAAGCAUAACGGUACCAGAGAUGUGGAAAGGGUGAUGAUCAAUCAACAUUUGGCGGAACCAUUGUUUAUGGAUCAUGUCAACAAUAUUACCAACCAAGGUUUCAGUAGAGUGAAUGAAAAUCCCACAUCAGAGAGCAUGAAUUUUCAACAGUAUAAUACUUAUCAUUCUCAUUUGGGAAGUCAAGAAUGGGCAUGGAAUCACCUUGCAGCAUCACCUAUUGGUGUGCAUGAUCAACAAUUAUUUCCAAUCGCCAAUAGUUAUCAUCCUUCAAAAGCAAUUCAACAAUGCUACCACAAUCAUUUACCCUAUGAAAUUAAUUUCUAUUAGACUUAUAGCAUGAAAGAUAAUAUAUUUAAUAAUGAAUGCAGAAAGAAAAUUAUUAAUAGUUUUGUCUAAUUAUUUGUGUCUUUGUAUUGGAUUUUCUUUAGUAGUUUUGUGAUAUAUUUUUAAGGUCUUUAUAUCUAAUCUUAUUAUGGUAUGAAUGAAAUACCAAAUUAGUCAAAGCAUUCACAAAACAUCAAUUUAGUUUUGUAAAGAUUUGUGAUAUCAAUUAACUCUUGAAUUCAAUACCGCUGUUAUCGUAAACUCUGCUCAAAUGUGUAAACUUAAAAAAGUUGAAACAUAAUAAAGAUGCAAGAUAAUUAAUUCACAAUCCCAUUCCCUCCAUUACUUCAUGUUAAUUUCUUUACUUCUUGAUUCUGGGUUGUUUUUCCACAUCUCGCUGCAUUUGAAGAAGCAUAAGGUUCAAUCAAUUUAAGAAAAAAUAUUCAAUUCUUAAGGUCCAUUAUAGUUUUAAGGUUCAAUAUUUUCAAAAGAAUCCUUAUAUAACCUGCAAAAUAAUUUCACGAUUCCAUCGCAGAGCUAUUUGAUAGAUUACAUUUCUUUUAUUUUCUUAAAAUUCAACAUAACAUUGGGAUGCAGUUGGUAGAUAGAAACACAAUCUUAGUUGUGUAAAUAGUGUUAAAUGGUAAAUUUAGCUUUCAAUUACUCGUACUUCUAUAUUUGAUGAAGAAUAUGUGAAAAAUGAAGCAACUUGUCUACCUAAUUGCUUGUAAUGUAACUUCUAACAAUAUCCUUUCAUAAAAGUUUAAAUAUUGUGAG